GAUAGAGAGAAUGUGAAGAUGCUGGGAGAUGGGGUAAUGAAGGAAGGAGAUAGAAAAGAGAAAGGUGCUAGGAGAAAGGGGUAAGGAAGGAGCAAGAGGAGGGAAAGAGAAUCAUACAGAGGAGAGGAAAGCAAAGAGAGAGAGAAAGAGAAACUGAGAGCAAAGAGAAACAGAGAGAGACCACAGAACGGAUGUUAGAGAGAAGGGGACUGAAAGAUGCCCAGCCCCCCUUCCCUCUCCCUCCUCUCUCUCUCCCUCUCUCUCCCUCUCUGUCUUGUUGUUUCAAACAAUAGACACAGUCUCCCUCCCUCUAUCAUACACACACACACUCAGCAAGAGGCAGCACAGCUCAUACAGGAGCUAAGCGGAGAGAAUUAAAAAAAACACACACACACACUCACAAAACAAAACACCAAGCCGUUUUCAUGCCCCUCCAGCCGCCGGGUGAUGGACGUUAGGUUUUACCCUCCAGCCCCCACCAGCGUGGGCACCUUAUCUGCAGACCCCACCUGCAUCAGCCCACUGGACUUUUACCACUGCAACAAGUUUGAUGGGGAGAACAUGUACAUGAGCAUGAAUGAAACCAACCAGGACUUCCUUUCGGCAAAUCAGACAUACAAUGGACAAAGUGAGAGUAAUGAAGACUAUGAGAUCCCCCCUAUAACGCCACCCAACAUGCCAGAUCCUUCUUUACUGCACUUGGUGGACCAUGAGUCUGGAUACCACUCACUGUGUCACAGCCUCCCUCCAAACAGCCUGAUUCCGGCAUACUCUUACCAAAACAUGGACUUUCCCGCAGUAAUGGUCUCCAGCAUGCUGAGCCAAGAUGGACAUCUACUCUCGUCACAGCUCCCAACAAUACAGGAGCUGGUGCACUCAGAAGGAUCAUCAUAUGAUCAUAAUCAUCAGGUUUCUCUGAUAAACCGCUCUGGAAUGUUGCCCAGUCAUAUGAGUGCCCUCAGCCAAUCACAGCUGGUAUCACAAAUGGGAAUGAGGAGCGCAAUCACUCAUGGAUCCCCUUCUCCACCGGGCAGCAAAUCAGCUACUCCCUCUCCUUCUAGUUCCACCCAGGAGGAGGAGACAGAGUCUCAUUAUAAGGGUGCAGGAGAGAAACGACCUUCAAAUGAUCUAGGUAAAAAACCCAAAAAUCAGAAGAAAAAGAAGAAGAAAGACCCCAAUGAGCCCCAGAAACCUGUUUCUGCCUACGCCUUGUUUUUUAGAGACACCCAGGCCGCCAUUAAAGGACAGAAUCCAAAUGCUACGUUUGGCGAUGUUUCCAAAAUCGUGGCGUCCAUGUGGGAUAGCCUAGGCGAAGAACAGAAGCAGGCCUAUAAGAGGAAGACUGAGGCAGCCAAGAAGGAAUAUCUGAAGGCCCUGGCAGCAUACAGAGCCAGCCUAGUUUCCAAGAGCUACAGCGAACAAGGAGAGACAAAGAACUCACAGCCCAACCAGGCCUCCAAAAUGAUUCUCCCAAAGCAAUCCAUGUACAAUCUUCCCCCACAGUCCUCUUCCCCCUACCCUGGUCUUGCCUCAUUCUUGUCACCCCAAGACCUUCAGAGCUACCGUGCGCACCCCCAUUCUGGUCUCUCCCGGACUCUCAAUGCCAAAUCCAUGUUGCCCAGCAUCAGUGCCUCCCCACCACCCCCUUUCCAAAUUAGCCCUCCCCUCCACCAGCAUCUGCGUCACCCUUCAAGCUCUCUUCUCAACCAAUCCCUCAACAUGCAGCAAGUAUCCCAACCUCCCAUCAUGUCACCUUCCAUGGCAUUGCAUUCGCCCAUGAGCUCCUCUCCCACAGGCCAACAGGAUUUUUCCCAUCUCCCAUCUGAAUUUCAGAGCAGCGUAGGCCCUCGAUCCCCAACAUCCUCUAACCCACCUGGGAACCCGGAGUGGGAGAAUGAAUUUCCCAACAGAGAGUGUGGGAUCAAUCCCUGCAAUUCUCUCCAAAGGGACAAGUCUCUCUACCUCACCUAGAACCACAGAUGUAUUUGCUAAUGAAGGCUGAACGAAUGGACAUUUCAGAAAGUCUAAAGCACUGGAUACCAAGACCAAGAAAAAGCACGGUCACAAGACACACAGGCUUCAGCUGUUGGCUCCCGAGAAGCUUCAGAGAACCAAUUCUGCUUGAGAAAGCAUCUUUGAAGACAUAAGAAGCCACACCCCCCUUAACCUUUUUAUAAGAACAAAAGUAACGCCUCUUCUUGCCACCAUAUUGGCCACGGAAGCUUGAAGAUGAACUUUGACUGAGUGAGGGGGCUUUAGCCUUUUGACGUUCAUCCAGGCACAUAUAAUAUGUAAAGAGGUCUGUUAAUACUGUAUAUUUGAAAACACCCCUCAUCCUCAUUAAAAAAAAAUGGGGAUAAUAACAGAAAAAAGUGGGAGAUAAAAAAAAAUACUUAAAUAAAAAUGUGCAAAUAUACAAAAAAAAAUCACAGAAAAAUAAAAUGUGAAAAAAAUAAAAUUAUGACAAAUAUAAUUUGUUGAAUAGUUGUAAGUAGAUUUAUCAUGUGGUUUAGGACUGUGCGAAAAAAAAAACAUCUUUCCAAUUUUUUUUCCUUUUGUGUAUAGAAAUGAACCGAGUAGCUUACUUUCUAGUACAGCAUUUUAUAUUAAUUGUAGCACAUUUUUUUAGUUAUACAUAGGAUGUGUAAAAAAAAAAAAAUACUGCCAAAUUUUCUGGUUUUAUUUGUAAUUAUUUUUUUUUCCGCAAGAAAAGCAUUUUUUUUUUUCUCCGUGCAGGGACGGAGCUAUUUUAUUUUAUUUUUCAGUCAUAUAUAAUCUCACCUUAUUCUAAAUUGUCGACAAUGAUUUAAUUUAUGAGAGAAAAAAAAAAGACAGAUUUCUGAUUUCAUGAAAAUUUUUAAUUGUUUGUGGCCAGCCGCCGUCGCCUCCAGGCUGGGAUAUUAAUUUUGUUUCACAACUGCUUAUUUGACUUUUCUUUUUAAUAAAAGCAUUAAAAACA